UGCCAAACAUUUCCCAAGGUACAACCAACGCAGAACCAAAUUCACACGCUCUCUCUCUCUGUAAUAAAAAAUGGAGGAGAAACAAGUAGAAGCUGGGGAGGAGGAAGUAACUUGGAGCAGAGAAACCAUUCCCAAAGUUCUGAAAAUAGUGAGCACAAGACUUCCGCAGAGAGACCUCAUCACUCUCUUGCUAGUCAGCCCAUGGCUCAACGCAACUCUCAUAUCCUGCCCCUCCAUUUGGCUGCUUUUGGAUUUUCGAGAGAUGAAUAAUGCUGGGAAUCGCCUUGUGGAUGCUCUUUCAUUGGCGAGAUAUCGGCAUGUGAAGCAUAUAAACCUUGAAUUUGCACAAGACAUUGAAGACAAGCAUCUUGAACUCGUAAAGAGCAAGGCGUUUCUACAGUGUCGAGAUUCUCUUCAAGAUCUGGAGGUUUUGAAUCUUAAUGGCUGCCAGAAGAUAUCUGAUAAGGGAAUUGAAGCUAUAACCAGUGCUUGCCCCAGUUUGAAGGAAUUUUCGAUCUAUUGGAAUGUGAGGGUAACAGAUAUAGGUAUAGGGCACCUGGUGAAGAACUGCAAAUAUGUGGUUGAUCUGAACGUAAGUGGCUGUAAGAACCUUUCAGACAAAAGCUUGCAAUUAAUUGCUCAGAAUUAUCCAGAAUUACAGUUGUUGAACCUGACAAGGUGUGUCAAGUUAACGGAUUCUGGCUUGCAGCAGAUAUUGCACGGUUGUCCUAGUCUCCAUAGUCUAAAUUUGUACGCCCUGUCAAGCUUCACUGAUGAAGCUUACAAGAAAAUAUCACUUCUUUCCCAUCUUAAAUUCUUGGAUUUAUGUGGCGCCCAGAAUCUGUCAGAUGAAGGGGUGGCUUGUAUAGCUAGAUGCAAGGGCCUUCUUUCUCUCAAUUUGACAUGGUGUGUACGGGUCACUGACAUGGGGGUCAAAGCCGUUGCGCAGGGUUGCACAUCUCUUGAAUUUCUCAGCUUGUUUGGGAUAGUUGGGGUGACCAAUAAAUGCUUGGAGGCCCUUUCGCUGACCUGCUCAAACUCACUUACAACUCUUGAUGUUAAUGGAUGUAUUGGAAUUAAGAAACGGAGCCGUGAUGAAUUGCUUCAGAUGUUUCCAAAGUUACGGUGCUUUAAAGUGCACAGCUAAUGCUCCGAAAACUUGCAGAUGAACAGGAUUAAUCUCCGGGGUCAUUGAUAAUAAAUCGAAGGAGAUGCGAGGGUGGGUGCUGCGGUAUUUCAUGCAGCUCGACUACUGUCAUCUUCAGUGUAUCUCAACUUAGGAAUGUUACGGGUCUGCGUCACACUAAUUGAGCUGUGGUUGGAAUGGUGCAAUGUGCAUCACAUUAUAAUUCAUGUUAAGAUUGUUUAUCUGGGUGACAGAAACCAAAUGAAGUUUGAUUGCGGCGUUAUGUUUGUAGUUACGAGUUUCCGAGCAGCAUUUUUUUUUUCAUUGAAGUCCCCCCAGAUAUUUUGUUAGGUUCGUAGCCAAGGCAAGCCAGUCACUUUCCACAGAUAAAAGUACGUUUUUUAGCUGAGACA